AUGAGCCAAGGUCUCGUUUUCCCUCUUCUUGUUCUUCUGUUGGUGACACUGGCUUUAGCUCAGCAAGGAGGUUGGGGUGGUCAAGGUCAAGGUGGAUGGGGAGCUAAUCCUGCUGGAGCUGCAUUAUCUGAUGCAGUGGGUAGGGUAGGCGGCGCAGUCCAAGGAGCCAUUCAAGGUGCUAUGCAAGCAGGACAACGAGGAUAG